UACUUGCUGCCGGAUGCAACGGGACGGAAUCCAUUAUACUUGUUAAGGCCCUAUAAAUACAUUGACGAGAAAAGGCUGUAUAGCGCCGUUCCAAAAACACUCGACCUCGAUGAACCGGAUUUUGAUGACGAGAAGCUAGCAGCGCCAGUAGUAACGGCAACGAUCGUACCAGGCUUCCAGGAGACGAGUAAAAGGCAGGUUUAUGUGGCCCGAGUUGGGAAGCGUAUCGUCUAUGCGGCACGAGUUGGUUGA